AUGAACAACUCUCGCCCAAACUCACCUCGAACAGCAGCAUCUUCUAGAGACAGAACUCCAUCAUCAAAUGGAGUGCCAGUGGUGCAUUAUUCACAGCCAGUGCGAACAACAGGUGAAAGACUUGCUUCGCUUGUAGGUGCCUCCUUGACAACGGUCAACAACUCCAUCUAUGUCUUUGGCGGCUUUGAUCAGUACAGCGAUGAGAUUUACAACAAGUUGUAUAGGCUGGAUUAUGAUGAUAUUUGCCAAUGGAAGCAAUUAAUUUACACAAAGGGAGAGCCACCAGCCAAGCGCAACGACCACUCUGCGACAUUAUGGAAUGGAGAUAAGCUCGUCGUCUUUGGUGGCAACUCGGAGGAAGACAACUACUUUAAUGACAUUGCAGUGUUGGAUCUGACAAGCAUGACUUGGUGGCAUCCAGAAGUGCACGGAUUUAUACCUGAAGGCAGAAUUCGACACUCAGCUACAAUUUAUCAGGAUAAGCUGUACAUUGCAGGCGGCAAGCGAGGUGAAUCCAACGCUGCCUUUGCGGACACGCUACUGACACUGGAUCUCAAUACAUGGGAAUGGGAUCAGCCAAUACCCUUCGUCAAGCGAUCACAGCAUAUGAGUUUUGUGUACAACUCAAGGUUAUACUUGUUUGGUGGAUUAAGAGAGGAUAUGAGCAGAUCAAACCACUUGGCGUUUAUCGAUCUGAACAGGACCGAGGAUGUAACACAGCUCGACAUCAGUUCUCCUUCUGCCCCUUCUCUGUCAGGACAGCGAUCAGCCCAAAUAUGCGGAGACCAGUUGAUUGUGUUGGUAACAUUGCCGUUUAGAGAAGCCAUGGUGGAGGCCCCAGUUACUGGUCUGUGGUCUUUGGAUCUGCCUUCCAUGCAGUGGCAAUGCAGAGAGGUGGGCACUCGUUAUGAAGCUUGCAGCUGGCACUGUUUCUCAAUGACAGAACACGACACGUCAUUCUAUUUAUUUGGCACUACGGAAGAUGAUCCAGACGAGUUUUACUCUAUGGUUUUGAAAGUGGAAUUGGAGGAGCUAGGCAUUGUUCCUGUGCCUCCGCCUCAACUUGGCACAGAUCUCAUUGGCUUGUUACUGAAUCAACAGCAGUUGGAAAAGCAGCAAACGGAUUUCACCAUCUACUCCUCCACAGAGCCCAAUGCACCGCCUAUCCAUGUGCAUCGGUUGGUGUUGCUGGCAAGAUGGCCUCAUUUUGUUCAUUUGAUGGACUCGGGUAUGCAAGAAUCGAUAUCCAAUAGAUUGACCAUGUCAGAGCCAAUUUCAACAUUGGAGAGUUUUGUGCGAUAUUUGUAUACAGAUACACUGAAUGACCCUCAUUUCACAACGGAUUUGAUUGCUGAUCUCAUGGUAAUGGCUCAUAUCUACUCGCUGCCAAGACUGCUGGCCUUGUGUGUGCGCCAUUUGUUUAGUGAAAUGAAUGUUGAAAGUGCUAGCAGAAUAUACCACACGGCAAGUCUAUCUGAACAAAGGGGUCUACAGCAAGUGUCGUUGCAUUUUAUAUUCCAACAUUUUGGCGCCAUUUCUCAUACAGAAGGAUUUCGUCAGCUGCCAAGAAACAUUUUAUUCCAGAUUUGGGAUGAUAUGCCAUCGAACGCAGCCAUUGUCCAUCAACAGCAAGAAUUAAUACAACAACAGCAGCAACAACAACAACUGAAUGGUCAUCAUGGGAUACUAGAAGACGAAGAUAUGGAUGCAUAA